CUCAGCGGUAAAUAGCUCAGCUCAAGCAGUUGCAGAAACGGUUCAGAGUUUAGAGAGCGAGAACCUCAGUAGCUUACAUACAUACAUACAUACACACACACAGAUACCUGAUCAGACAGGACGACAAAAAUGUAAUGGUCUGACGCAAACGAUUUUUUUUUUCUUCGGAAGGGGUCUUUCAUAUCGAUGCCAUUGGCCGAGGCGCCCGCAGUGUCUCCCACAGGAAAAAGAUGAUCAGGAUGUCAUUGGACAAAGAGACUGUUCUACCGCGUGAUGGGCGGGGUGACGCUGCUGUCCCAGAAGGCCCUGCGUCAGGAGGAGGGGGGGGAGUGGACAGGGUGGGUGGGGUAAUGAUGUCCCCUCACCCUCCCUGUCUGGGACCAACCGGAUUCACCGGAAGUUUGGUUCUAACGGAACAGCCACAUCCCCACGGCCCCAAAACAAGAAGUACACACCCCCUAAAGACCAAAAACGGCCUUCAGCCCCUCCACAACAACCCCCAGGUCUUCCCUCCAGGACAGCAGCAGCGAAUGGGGAAGCGGCGCUACUCCCUGGGCGGCAGCUUCAAGCACCCGGGCUUCGGGAAGCGCCGUCGCCGCGCCAACAGUGACAGUCAAUCAGACCCCGUCCUUCCCUCCAACUUCCUGUUGGGCGGGAACAUUUUCGACCCGCUGAACCUCAAUUCUCUAAUGGAUGAGGAGGUGAGCCGCACACUGAACGCCGAGACACCCAAGUCCUCGCCCCUACCGGCCCGAGCCAGAGACCCUGUAGAGAUCCUGGUACCGCGUGACAUCACAGACCCCCUGAACCUGAAGAGUGGGGGAGGAGAGGGGGAGGAGGGGGGAGGGGUGCUGGUCUCCCCCAUGAAAAACAGGAAGAGACACCGCAACCGUCACCAUGGAGGAGGAGGGGGGGGGGCGCAGCCUGAACCCCCCACACAGGCUGAGGGGUCAAAGGUAGAAGCUGGGGGUGAUUCGGGGACAGUAGGUGAGGUGUUGGCUCUGUUCCCUGCCAGCGUCAGCGUUACUGGUGAGCUAGCUGCAGUACCGGAGGCUCCCAGAGAGGGCCUCUCUGGAAGCACAGUGCCACAGUCUCCUCUGCCCUACGAACUCAACACCACCAUCAACUGUCGGGAUGAGGUAGUUCCGCCCAUUCUGCCCCGGAGACACACCCACCCGCCACUUGGCUCCACCUCUAAACCCCGUCCACAUGGCGACGGAGGCCAUCGGCAGCGUAAACGGCGGCGUACCACCUCAACGAGAUCUGACCAUUCGUCGGUUACUCCGACCCCCGCCCUCACCACUGCCCCACCCAACACCUUCCACACACCCCUGGUGCCAGGAUCAGGCCUCAGAGUUCAGAGGUCAGGGUCAGUGGUGGGAGGUCAGCAACAGCCCCAGAGUUCCUUCCGCCACAAACCCCAGAAGAAGAAAAACAGGUUCCAGCACGGCAACUACAGCCGUUAUUACGGCUACCACGGUUACUACGGUUACCGUGAUGGGCAGGUGGGGCGGUUUGAGGACCCUCGUCUGGGCCUGCUUCGACCCGAUUGGUUCAGAGGGAAGACAGUGCUGGACAUUGGCUGCAGCACCGGUCAUCUGACCCUGGCAAUCGCACGCCACUUUAACCCGGCCCACAUCCUAGGUAUUGAUGUGGACAGGCGGCUGGUGCACGCCGCUAGGCAGAACAUUCGCCACUUCCUGUCCGAACGACUCACACAGGAUGCCAGGAGUAGGGAGGAGGGGAUAGGGGAGAGAGGGGGAGAAAGUAAACAGAAAGCAGAGACAGCUGAGCAGAGUGAAGGAAGAACACAGAGCGGAACUAAGAUGGCGUCCGGUACGGCUGAGAAGAAGAUGGAGGAGGAGGGCCAGAACGAGGAGUGUAGCGCUCUAGAGGAACUGAAGAGAACCCUGACGUUGCUGUCGCCCUCGAGUGGCAGCCGGGGUGUAGGUCGCCCUCUCCCUCCGUUCCCCCUCUCCUUCAGGGUGUGUCGGGGUCCCAUGGCUGCUCCCCCCCUCUUCCCCCCCUCCACGCUGGCCCACGGAACACCUGGAACAUUCCCCAACAACGUCUCCUUCAUAACGGGUGAUUACAUGGAGGACCGAGAACUAUGUCCCCAUGGUGACGACCUCACCGCAGGAUAUGAUGUCAUCCUGUGUCUGGGCGUGACCAAGUGGGUCCAACUGCACGGUGGCGACGGGGGCGUGGUCAGAAUGUUCAGACAGAUCUAUACACACCUACGACCAGGUGGCAUUCUCCUCCUGGAACCACAACCCUGGAGCUCCUACUGCCGCAGCAAGAACACCACGGAGACGACGUACAGGAACUACUGCGAUAUCAGACUGAGACCUGACAACUUCUGUUGUUACCUCACCUCUACUGUGGGCUUCACCUGUUACAGACUACUGACUGAUACAGGAUUCCAGAGGCCAAUCUACCUGUUCCACAAAGGCCCCGCCCCCAGGAAGUGACUGGGUCAAGAUAUGACACGUGAGUGCCG